AUGGAGUACUCUUCUGUGGAACGUGAAAUGGAAGCUGAAGCACUGCAAUCAAUCUACGGAGAGGAAAUUGUUUCGGUAAAGAGAUCAGAAGAGAAUCAACCUGUGUCUUAUGAAGUAAACUUUCAACAGAGUAAGACAAAAAUAAUUUUCACAUUACCAGGUGAGAUAACUUUUCUUCAUUAGUUCCCAUAUUCUAAACUUACCUUGGAUUUAUAAUUCUUCAUACGAACAGCCUUAUUAUUCUCGCUACGAUCGCUUUAAACUAGAGUACAUCUUCAAUUUUUCAAGACUGUCCUCUGAGUGGCUAAGAUUUUUCCCACCUGCUUAGCAAGUCUCGACUGCAAUUACUGGCAGACAAAUAACCGGGCUGCAUAAGCCCCUAUUCUAAUUUUCUUGAAGGGUAACCCUUACGCAAUGAUUUACUUACUUGCGUGUAUAAAUGACUCUGUAGUUACAAGACAUAUAUAUCAUCAAGCGAUUAUGCAUCAUAACAUCAGUAUACUUAUUCAUUACUGCGAGGAUCAGUAUACUUAUUCUCCAUAGUGUUCUCUAUACAUUUCCUAAGGACCUGGCACGGAGAAUUUCUUAACCAAUCAAGAGCCUCUUUAGCUGAUGAGCAUUUCUUUUAUUCUGGACCUUGAUAUGUGAUUUGGGGGUGAUAUGUCAAAGUGUUCUGGAUAAAAUAGUACAUCCUAGGGUUUUUUUAGUUUAUUUACCUUAUGAAAGAAAUCUAUGUUUGUGAAGUAUCAUUUAGGAGGUUCUGAAAUUCAGAAGCAUAACUAAUUGUGAUUACUGCAGAGUUCUGUUAAUUUCUUAAAGAGACUUUCUUGUUCCUCCAGAGAACUACCCCAAUAUUGCACCUUCCAUCAGUGUUACACAAGAUAAUCAACCAGCUUAUACAGAAUUGGAAUCACUGUUGUACCACAUUGCACAGGAGAGCUGUGGUGAAGUAAUGAUUUAUAAUCUCACUGAAGAAUCUAAGAACUGGUUAAAGAAAAUGGAAUUGUCUGAAAAACUGAUGCUUUCCUCUCAAGGAGAGAAAAACUCUCCUGACAAUACAGCCAAUAUUUGCAAAUUCUUUCUUGAAGGGAAGUGUAGAUUCGGAGUCAAGUGCUUAAAUAAACAUGGUGAAGGAGUGCAAGCUAAUAGUGGGGUGCAAAAUGUUGAGGAGAGAUCAUCCACCAAUGAUAUUGAAAAGGUAAAAAGUGCAGGAAAGUCUGUUCACAACUCUGGAAAUAGGCAUCAUGAAAAGAAAGAGGUUGUCUUAAACAAGAAGAAACCUCCCAUGAAAACAGCAAGUGAUGUCAUUUCCAGAAUUCAAUGGGACGAGGAGCUUUCACCAAAAGAUUUUGUGGUUGGUUACCUGGAUAGAUUUGUUGGAAUUGUAGAGAAAGACUUCACAGAUCUGUCAUGGGAGGAUCUGGCUUCUGUGGAUCACUUUGUUGACCUUGCCAUUCCUCGUCAUAGAAUUCAGUAUUUCAAGUACCUGGGGGAAAUUGUUUGGGACAAACGGGAACGUAUUGAUAGAGUCUUUGGAUCUACAGGAAGCAAUGAGACCAUUCUGGAUGUCAAAGAGAGGAUCAGUAUGCCGCAAAACUCUGAUCAAGAGCAAGUCACAGAGGAAACAGUACCUGAUACUGGAGUUGUUUCCAAUGCUUCAGAGCUUCUUAAAGUGAAGUCUGUUAAAGAAAAGAAUGGACCAAAUUAUUUCAUUGCAAUUCAGAUUUCAGAUGAGGGAAUAAUUGAAAACAUUAACAAGGUGAGUUUAGAAUUUAAUUGGAGGGAAUUGUAACCCUUUAAAUUCCAAGACCUCAUUAUGAUUUCUCCUUACUGUCAGCUUUACAAUUCUUAUCAUGUUAGUUCUGAGAAUUUUGUAUUGUACCAACUCAUAAUCCCCAAAUUGAUAUUUGUCUUUAUUCCCAUUACUUGUCUGGUUGAUAUUGUAUCGAUAUUGUUUGCCAAAUAAUGCAUUGAAAAUUUGAGGAGAAGUUACAUAAUGGUCACUUCUGUAAUUCAAAGGGUUUAAUAAAACUACCUUUGUUUUUGCAGAUCCAAAGUAUGAUCCACCUAGAGCUUGGCCAAGAAGCAGAGUAUGAAGUAACGCCAAGUCAAAGCUUACACAUCACCUUGCUAAUGUUAACUCUGAAGAAUGAAGAUGACAUAGCCACUGCUAAGAGCAUUCUCAAGUCAAUCCAACCUUUGUUGGUGUCCCUUCUUCCACUCAGGCAUAAACUAAAAAUCAAUGGUCUUGGACAGUUUCACAACAGAAUUCUUUAUGCCAAAGUUGAUCCUGAUGACAGGUUGUUGAAAAUUGUCCAAGCAUUGAAAUUUAAGUUUGGAAAGGCUGGAAUAAGUUUGGAAGGAAACCGAGAUCAGUUUGUACCUCAUCUUACUAUCAUAAGAGGAAGGUCUUUAACUGAUGAGUUACUUAGAAAGUUGCAGGAGUUAAUGAAAUCUAACCUUGAAUUUGGAGAACAGGCUGUAGAGUCUCUCAUUCUGUUCUCCAGAUGUCUGCCAAAAGCUGUCGACGGUACUCAUCAGAAAGUUUCAGCAGUGGAAAACUCCUUGAAGGCACUGUCUUCCACUUUACCACCAAAGUUCUGCCAAUAUGCAGAUUAUUUGUUUGAAAAGAAAGAGAUUUGUGAGGAUGAAAGAAAUAAAAUCAAAGCACUUUUUCAGUCAGGGAAUGCUUCAGAGAUGGACAAGGGUCUUGCAAAACUGACAGAACUAGGUAACUCUUUUCAAGAUACAGGUAGAGUUGUUAUAAUAAUGAGAGGCAUUCCUGGAAGUGGAAAAACACAUCUUGUUGAAAACUCAGAAGCCAGAGAAUCAGAUGGAUUAACAUAUUGUAAUUCAAGACAGUUAUUUCAAAAGAAAGGUGCUAUAGCCUUAGAUCUCUGUGAACUAAACAUUGCUGAGGCUUACUGUCGCUCUUGUUUCCUGGAUGCUAUGGCAAAUUUAUGCCCUUUUGUCGUAGUGGAUGGUGUCUACACCAAGUGUUGGGAGUAUGCAGUGUACAAGAGUCUUGGUCAAGCCUUUGGUUACACAUGUCAUGUGCUUGAGGUAAGAGUGUCCGAGCCUGAAGACAUCAAGUCAUGUCAUCAAAACUGUAAUUCUGAACUGCAACUGAAGCAGCUUCUGGAGUAUGUGCAAGAUUGGGAGAAAGACACAACAGCUACCAUUAUUGAACCCUGGUUCACAAAUUUGGACCAUGUAACAUUUACAGAGAAAGUUUCACUCACAGAACUGUUGAAAAACUUUUGA